CUUUCAUACAUCUAUCUAUCUAUAAGCGACCCAGUCCGUCUUCCGUAUCUCGUCUCGUAUCAUCUCAUUCCGCCGGCCAAGCCCCUCCACCCCCUUCAGGCGGACGGGCUUACGUGCCCUUGUAGGCUUGUAUGUACACAGCAUUCCGAAUUUAAAACCAAUGGAUCCCCAUCUCAUGUAACUUGCAUUCCCGUGUACCAUUUGCGACGUGUGCUGCCCUUUAUACAAAUUCAACCGCCCAAUGCUCUCAUCAACGACCCGGUAAUACGAAGCCGUUCGGAGAAGCCCCGUAGUUGUGUACAUUGUUAAUUCUGCCCCAGAGCAAGCUUGCUGGGAGAAGAGGAGGGAACUACUCGCAAAAAUGCCAGGUAUCCCGCAAUGGUCAGGGACGCCGUCCAUCAAGGGCUCGACUGAGGCCAUGCGCAUGGCUCUGCUCACGACAUCUCUCAUCGGACUUCAAUUCACAUGGAAUGUUGAGAUGACCUACUGCACCCCCUAUCUCCUCGAGCUUGGUCUGACCAAAUCGAAGAUAUCUUUGGUGUGGAUCGCUGGACCGCUCUCUGGCCUCAUUAUGCAGCCCAUCGUUGGCGUUGUUGCAGAUAGAUCAACGAGUAGGUGGGGUCGCAGGCGACCUUUCAUGGUGGCAGGGACGGUCCUUGUGUCCAUGUUCCUAUUGCUGCUAGGCUGGACGAAGGAAGUAGUCAAAAUGUUCAGUAACAACAUGGACGAGCAGGCGACUAAAAGCGCAACGAUUGCGCUCGCUGUAUUUAGCAUCUACGGAAUCGAUUUCGCCAUCAAUGCGGUCCAGGGAAGCUGCCGUGGCCUCAUAGUGGACACCUUGCCCAUACCCAAGCAACAGAUGGGCAGCAGCUGGGCCAGUAGAAUGGUCGCCGUCGGAUCUCUCGUCGGGUAUGGCGCGGGAGCGAUUGACCUUGGUGCUAUCUUUGGGCCAAUGCUUGGUGAUACGCAGUUCAAGCAACUGACCACCAUCGCAGCGCUGUGUCUCUGUCUGACAGUCGGUGUGACGUCCUGGGCCGUCACUGAAAAGGUGUUGCUCAGCGACGGUACCGAGGAGCAUGAGAAGCAGGGGCCAGUGCAGGUCCUUUCAACGAUUGCGAAUAAAGCGAUGAAUCUGCCGAGGGGGAUCGCGGCCAUCUGUUUCGUGCAGUUCUGGGCCUGGAUUGGCUGGUUCCCAUUCCUAUUUUAUAGCACCACCUGGGUAGGAGAGAUCUAUCUGCGUUACGAAGCUCCUGCAGAAGUCAAAGCAGCAGGAGACUUGACAGGCCAAGUCGGACGUAUUGGCAGCACCGCCUUAAUAGCGUUUUCCAUCAUCACCUUUCUCAUGUCUGUGGUCCUCCCGUGGUUCGUCCGAAACCCUGAGGACGAGGGUCCUGGAUUCACACCUCGUCCUCCGCAGAGUAUAGCAUCGUUCGUGACCGAAGUCGAGAAGUACAAGCCUUCCCUUCUCACGGCUUGGACCGUUUCCCAUUGCAUAUUUGCGGGUUCCAUGAUGAUGGCACCGUUCGUACAGUCGUUGCGGAGUGCCACCUUGAUUGUGGCCGCUUGCGGAGUGUCCUGGGCUAUAAGCUGCUGGGCACCGUUCACGUUCCUUGGAAUCGAGAUCAAUCGACUGGCACAGCCCAAUCGAUCGAAGUAUGGUCAUCUGGCACGGAAUUCGAUCGAGAUGGAAUCACCAGUGCUAUUACACCUCAAUCACGCACUGGAAGAGUCGCAAGAAGCCACGGCAGAGAGCUCUGGUGCCUACCUGGGCAUUAUGAACUUGUAUACAACGCUUCCACAAUUUGUUGGGACAUUUAUAUCUUGGGGAGUCUUUACCCUACUGGAACCUGCGAAGAGCACCGGACUCGAUACCGAGAGUGGGAUGGAGGGACAACGGCAAAGUGAGGGGCCGAACGCAAUUGCAGUCUGCCUUUUCAUCGGUGCCCUCUCGGCAACAGUGGCGGCCAUGGCGACGAGGCGGCUCAAGAGAUAUCAAAAGCAUUGAUAGGGAGGGUGGCAAGGGAGAGGCGCAUCGCAUGGGGUUGAUUUGCAAUGUACUGUCACAAACGAACCAAAAAGCACACAACAAUACCUGUAGUGUAGGGUUUGUAACCCCUCUAACCAUAUGGGCUGGUAAUCGUGCGUUGCUUGAGAAAUAAAGUGCUGCGAGUAGAUAGCUGUAUGUUCUGGUUAGUCCAAGUCGCGAUCGCCAUACUUGCCACAAGAAGCCUAGAGGCCGAUGCGCAGAAGAAAGUUUAAAAAAAAUAUAGAAAACAUAUGGAAGGUAUCUGCC